AUGACGCUAAGUGUGAGAGGUGAAUCGCGAACCUGGUCGGCUCUAGUGACAGCAACGGCACUGCUGCUAGUAUUAACGACGACAAGUGCUAACGAAAACACACACUACCUGCCCCCGCUGGAAUGUGUCGAUCCUUACGGCAGACCGCAGCGUUGUAUUCCUGAGUUCGAAAAUGCGGCCUACCAGCUACAUGUGGAAGCGACCAACACGUGCGGAGACGAGGUCGAUACGGAUUUCUGCGUGCAGACGGGCUACUCCAACCGGAAGAGCUGCGACGUGUGCCAUGCGGGGCAACAUUCGCCCCACUUUCUCACGGAUUUGCAUGAUCCCAACAAUCCGACCUGGUGGCAAUCGGAAACCAUGUUCGAAGCCGUCCAGUACCCGAACCAGGUGAACCUGACGAUGCGGUUGGGCAAAUCGUUCGACAUCACGUACAUCCGCAUCGUGUUCCAUUCGCCGCGGCCAGAAUCGUUCGCGAUCUACAAGCGUGUCACACCGAAUGGACCGUGGAUCCCGUACCAGUACUACAGUGCGACCUGUCGCGAUACGUACGGGCUGCCGGAUUCCAUUUCCGUCAUGAACGGUGAGGAUGAGUCGCGUGCGCUCUGUACCAGCGAGUACAGUGACAUUUCCCCACUGCGGGACGGCAACAUCGCGUUCUCGUCACUCGAGGGCCGACCCUCGGCCAUCAACUUCGAGCACCAUCUGGAGCUGCAACAGUGGGUGACGGCCACCGACAUCCGGAUUACGCUGGACCGAUUGAACACGUUCGGCGACGAGGUGUUUGGCGAUUCACAGGUACUGAAGUCGUACUUCUACGCCAUUACCGACAUUGCGGUCGGUGCGCGCUGUAAGUGUAAUGGGCACGCAAGCGAAUGUACCACCAGCACCGGGCUGGACGGUCAGCGGACGCGCGUGUGCAAGUGCAUGCACUUCACGGACGGACCCGACUGUGACCGCUGUUUGCCGUUCUACAACGAUGCACCGUGGGGACGAGCGACAUCCAAAAAUGUGCACGAGUGCAAACCAUGUAACUGCAACGGCUACUCUACGAAAUGUUUCUUCGAUCGACACCUGUACAAUCUGACCGGGCACGGUGGCCACUGCAUCGACUGUGGAGCGAAUCGCGAUGGCCCGAACUGCGAGCGUUGUAAGGAGAACUUUUUCAUGCGCGACGACGGCUACUGUAUCAACUGCGGAUGCGAUCCGGUCGGUUCGCGAUCGUUGCAGUGCAAUGCCGAAGGGCGGUGCCAGUGCAAACCGGGCGUUACGGGCGAGAAGUGCGAUCGGUGCGACAGUAAUUACUUCAACUUUGGGCCACACGGUUGCCAGCCGUGUAACUGUGACGAGCGUGGCUCGCUGGACAACACACCGUCCUGCGAUCCGGUGACGGGUGUGUGCUCGUGCAAGGAAAACGUCGAGGGACGGCACUGCCGCGAGUGUCGGCUGGGAUACUUCAAUCUGGACGCGGAAAAUAAGUUCGGUUGUACGCCGUGCUUCUGCUACGGGCACACGCUCGAGUGUACGAGUGCUAGCGGGUACUCGAUCGUAUCGACCACCUCCAACUUCAACAAACACAAAGAGAAAUGGACCGCCAUCUCGGACACGGGUUCUCCGGUGGACGUGAAGUACAACUCGCACAGCCAAUCGAUCGGUGUGGGAGCCAAUGGAUAUCGGACGGUGUACUUCCUAGCGCCGGAUCGCUUCCUGGGCGAUCAGCGAGCCUCGUAUAACCGACUGUUCAAGUUCCGGCUGCAGCUCGUGGGACAACCGCGUGUUGAAGUUAGCCCGUACGAUGUGGUGCUUCAGGGCGGUAACAGUAGCAUAUCGUUGCCGAUCUUCGCCCAGAACCAACGCAUGCCGAGUGAGGAAUCGCACGAGUUCGCAUUCCGACUGCACGAAAACCCCGAAUAUACCUGGCACCCGUCAAACUCGGGCCGCGGAUUCAUGUCGAUCCUGAGCAACCUAACCGCGAUCAAGAUCCGUGCCAUCUACGGUGACCAUGGUGAGGCCAUACUGGACGACGUAGAGCUGCAGACGGCACACCGGGGUGCUGCUGGUCGACAGGCAACGUGGAUCGAACAGUGUACCUGCCCGGAGGGCUAUGUGGGACAGUUCUGUGAAUCGUGUGCUCCUGGCUACCGGCACAAUCCGGCACGCGGGGGCCCGUUCAUGCCCUGCGUACCGUGCGAUUGUAACAAACAUGCGGAAAUUUGCGACUCCGAAACGGGACGCUGUAUCUGCCAGCAUAACACGGCGGGCGAUACGUGCGAUCAGUGCGCUAAAGGAUUCUUCGGUAACGCGCUGGGUGGAACGCCGUUCGAUUGUAGAAGGUGCCCCUGUCCGAACAAUGGUGCUUGCAUGCAGAUGGCAGGCGAUACGGUAAUCUGUCUCGAGUGUCCUGUUGGCUAUUUUGGACCUCGUUGUGAGCUGUGCUCUGAUGGAUACUACGGCGACCCAAGCGGUGUAUAUGGAGCGGUGCGAAUGUGCCAGGCAUGUGACUGCAAUGGAAAUGUGGACCCGAAUGCAGUGGGCAAUUGUAACCGCACUACUGGCGAAUGUCUCAAGUGUAUUCACAACACGGGCGGACCACACUGUGACCAGUGUUUGGCAGGCCACUUUGGAGAUCCACUCGCCGAACCGCACGGAAGCUGUGAAGAGUGUAGCUGCUAUCCACGAGGCACGGAACAAACGGAGAAGGGUAUCUCGAUCUGUGACGCCAUCAACGGAAACUGCCACUGUAAGCCUAACGUAAUCGGACGUACGUGCAAUGAAUGCAAGGUCGGCUAUUGGAACAUUGGGUCUGGAAACGGAUGCGAAAGCUGUAAUUGCGAUCCGAUCGGUAGCUACAAUUCGUCCUGCGACAGAUACUCCGGCGAGUGUUUCUGCAAGCCGGGUGUAGUGGGCAAGAAGUGCGACAAGUGUGCUCCAGCACAUUACGGCUUCUCGGAGGAUGGAUGUCAUGCGUGCGAUUGCGAUCCCAGCGGUUCGAAGGGUUCUCAGUGCGACCACUAUGGCCAAUGUCCGUGCAAUGAUAACGUCGAAGGACGUCGGUGUGAUCGCUGCAAGGAGAACAAGUACGAUCGACACCAGGGAUGUUUGGAUUGUCCGGCCUGCUACAAUCUGGUACAAGAUGCCGCAAACGAUCAUCGUGCCAAGUUGGCAGAGUUGAACCAGAUCCUACAGGACAUCCAAUCGAAACCGAUUGUCAUUGAUGACAGUGAGUUUGCUGGAAAGUUGCAUGCAGUACAGGAGAAGAUAGACAUUCUCGUAGAGGAUGCGAAGAGUGGUUCAGGUGGUGGCGAAAAAACGUUGAAUGAAAUACUCCGGGAGCUCGAGGGUCGCCUACAGGAAGUGCAGAAACUGCUGGACAAUGCCGACCAAUCACAGGAGGUUACGAACCACAAGAUCGGCAAAGGAGGCUACAAUGCAACGUUGGCAAAUGGCAAGAUUCAAGACGCACGUCGUCAGUUGGACAGCGCCGUGGAGCUGCUGCAAACGGAGGGCAAUACGGCGCUGGCUCGUGCGAAGGACAUUUCGGGUCAUCUGGGUAACCAGACGAAUCAAAUCAGUGGUAUAUCGCGUGAGGCUCGACAGUACGCUGAUCGGUUCAAGGCGGAAGCUGAUGCCAACAUGAAGCAGGCCCAGGAAGCGCAAAAAAAGGCAUCGGAAGCGUUGAAAAAAGCAAACGACGCGUUCAACCAGCAAGCAAACAUUACCAAGGAGCUCGAUACGAGCAUAUCGAGCGAAAUUGGACAGGCCCGCGAGAAGCUCAACACUGUCUCCAAGCUUACCGAGCAGGCACUGACACGUGCUCGCGAAGUAAACGAUGAAGCACUGACGCUGUUCGCUGCCGUCAAUCGUACCGCACCACCCAACAUCGACAUCGACAAGAUCAAGAAGGAAGCCAACCAGUACAACCGGGAGGCUGAUCGAAUUGCGGACGAUCUUGCUAACAAGAUUCGCGAUCACGCCCAGUUGCUCGAUAGCGUCGUCACAAACAUUGAGCUGGCCGAGACGUUGCUUAACAGGGCUCAGUUACAAAAGGAAGAUGCUAUCGGAGCACUGAAGCAUUUGCAAUUCGCCAAAGAACUGGCGAUUAAAGCCGUGGCUGAGGGUGAUGGUACGUUACAGAAGGCAAACUACACCUACCAAACAUUGGCCGGAUUCAAGAACCAGGUCGAGGAGUCCUCCAAGCGUGCGGAGGAUGCGCUUAAUUUGGUACCGAAUAUUGAGCGGCAGAUCACCAACUCGCGUGACCUUCUGCAGCGUGCAGAAGAGGCUCUUUAUGCUGCAAGUCGCAAUGCAGAAGAUGCACGUAAAAAUGCGCAAACGGCUCAGGAUAAGUAUGCAGAGGAAGCUUCCAAGUUGGCUGAAAAUAUCAAAAAGCGUGCCAAUGCGACGAAGAACACUGCGCGCGAUCUUCACCAUGAAGCAGAUCAGCUGAAUGGUCGCUUGGCCAAGACGGACAACCGAUUAGAGGAACGCGAAGCACAGAUCCGCAAGGAUCUUAAUCUCACGAACGAGGCUAAGGAAAAGGUUGGCCAAGCACAGCUGAAUUCCAAUGAAGCGAAAUCGCAAGUCGACAAAGCGAUGCGCGAGGUCAGCCUCAUCAUGGCGGAGUUGGCCAAUCUGCGGGAGAUCGACGUCAAAAGUUUAGACGAUUUGGAACGUCGUCUUACUGCGGCCGAAAAGGAGCUGGAAGAUGCGCAGCUGACCAAACGACUCAACAGUCUGACCGAAGCUAAAAACAUCCAGAACCAGAAUAUCCGCAGCUAUCUGAAGGAGCUGGCCGAUCUGCGGCUCGAGGUCGUUAACAUCGAGCUAAUAGCGAAAUCACUGCCACCGGGAUGCUUUAAGCGCACGCAUCUGGAACCGUAG